AAUCAACACUCUCUCCCAAUCCUUUUCUUCUUCACUCCCUCUCUGUUUAUGCACAUAACCAUUUGAAGCGUAACUCAAGGGGCCACACUCUCUUUCUUUGUCUCCCUUUAUGAUCCUGGUUUUCAAUUUUUAGAUCGAGAGAGCAAAAAAAAUGUUUGGUGGUAAUAACUGUGAGAAAAUGGUAGCAGUAGUCACCCCUCAAACAGCGUCUAACAAAUGGACACAGACACAACAGAUAGAUGAUCACAAGGCCCCAAUGAUGGGAAGAGUCAUGGAAAAACCAAGCCAAGAUCUUCUUCAGCAGCAACAACAAGCCCUAAAGUGCCCUCGCUGCGAGUCUUCAAACACCAAGUUCUGCUACUACAACAACUACAGCUUGUCACAGCCUAGGCACUUUUGCAAAGCCUGCAAGCGUUACUGGACAAGAGGUGGCACUCUCAGAAACGUUCCCGUUGGUGGUGGCUGCAGAAAAAACAAGCGUGUGAAGCGUCCAACAAAUCACGGUGAUUCUUCUUCUUCUGCUGCUAACUCUCCUUCUUCGUCCAAUUCAAACCCUCCUUCACAGCCCCACAUCGAUAAUAUUAUUGCCUCUAGCUCCACCACGAACCAUAUAAAUAAUAUCAACCCUUUCUUUUAUGGUGGUGAUGUGAUGAGUAGUGUUCCUUUCCCAAGGUUUAAUCUUCAUUCUCAAUUGAAUGCUCUUGGGUUAGGUUUUUCAACUGGGGUUAGUGAGAAUGGGUUUAGUACUUCAAAUAACAACAGCUUUUUUUCUGCUUAUAACUCUAUGUUUGGUUCUUCUUCUUCCUCAACUUGUGCACCUUCAACUCCUGUUAUGGCUUCCUUGCUGAGUUCAACUCUUCUGCAGCAAAAGUUAAUGAGUGGUGGUGGUGGUGGUGGGGUGAAGGGUAGUAGUGAUCAUGAUCAAGGUGGCAACACUUUCCAUGGCUUGGCACCGCUACAAGGGUUGCAAGUGGAAGGGAAUAAUAAUAAUAGUAAUAAUAUUGGCACAAAAGAAGUGAGAGGUGAGGGACAAAACAGGUUUGAUUGGAGUAAUAAUAACAAUAACAACAAUGGUGGUGGUGGUUGUCAAAACCAGAUGGAGCAUGUGGGUUUGUCUGAUCCUAAUUCGCUCUAUUGGAACACUGCAACGGGUUUGGGUGCUUGGAGUGAUCAACCUAACAACAUUGGUCCUUCAGUCACUUCUCUGAUCUAGAGAAAAAGAUGAAGCAUCGUUUUCAAAAAGCUACAUAUGAAGAAGAAGAAAGUCUCUCUCCCUCGUUUAAUUAAGGUCAUCUUUUGGUCCCUUUAGGCUUAGGUUUUGUUUUUAUUGUUUUUCUGCUACUUUUUCUUUUUCUUUUUUUCUUGGGGUCAAAGUGGGUUGGUUGGAUUUACUACUAGUACUUACAUUGAAAAAGAAGAAAGAAAAACGAAAGAAGAAGAAGAUACUUGAUGAGAUGAGAGCAGUUUGGGAUCGGAGUGAUCAUGUCAGCUGCAAGAAAUUUAGUUACUACACUUCAGCCUGUUAGUUUUAUGUGUCAAGGUUGAGAAACAUUGGUUAUAUUUGCGCUGAGAGGAACCUCGGAUCCUCUUCUCUCAUCGUGCCACCAUUAGUAGUGUUUGUUUCCUGUGGAGAUAGAUCAAAAGGAGAUGAAUCCUUUGAUGCAAGUUCUCCAUAGUUGAGUAAGUUGGUCUUUUUUCAUUAAUGUAUAUAAGAUGCAAUGACAUGUCCUUUUUUUUUCUACUUUCUAAUGUAUUGUGAUUAGGUAGAUGAGGUGGGAAUUUAAUUUCUUGUUCUAUGCUGAGAUAUUGUUGGUUUCAUUUACCUUAACUUUUUCUCAA